UCCGUCCGCCCGUCACAAGAUGUCGCUAGUAGUACCGGAGUGGUCGGCGUCACCGCGCUGCGACGUAAUUGCACGCGGCUAUUAUCUGGGCGGCGCCAGGCGCGCAUGGCGGCCGUGCGAGCGGGAUGCACUCGAUAAUACGUAAAACAAAACGAGGGAGUAAUAAUGGUAAAAAACGAGCAGCACGCAAAUUAUAGUGAGAAAUGAGGCAGCCGGUAGCGGUGGGGGCUCGUGGUACGGUGGGGGCCCUCGCGUCAGUCGCGGCGCCCGGCGCACUGAGAACGCGCCACCCGCGCCGCCCGCGCCGUCGCGAGUGCUGUGAGUGAGUGACAUGCGCCAGCUCAGCCGCCUUCGCCAUGAGCGGCAAGGGCUCCUCCUCUCCGGACCUGCUCAUGAAUGUUAGUAUCGACCCCGUGACCGCUGAUCACAAGGAUAUGAAGAUAUUAGAACAUCCGAGCUUACGCGGUACGCCUCUGGCGAUGCUGGCGGCUCAGUGCAACAAACUGUCAAGCAAAUCCCCUCCUCCGCUGGCGGACGCCGCCGUGGGCAAGGGCUUCCACCCGUGGAAGAAGAGCCCGGGCGCUCACUCGCCGCCUGGCGCCGGCGCUGCACCGCGCUCGCAACCGCCCGCCUGCUCGCCGUACGGCCGCGGACCUACCUCGUGCGCGGCCGCGCCCUCCUACGGCAACGAUCUCUACUUCCCGUCCUCGGGUGACCAACUCCUCGGCAAAAGUGAAUCCAGUGCAAGUCUCGGCUCUAUGUACUCGCGACACCCCUAUGAGUCUUGGCCAUUCAAUGUCGGUGGCGGCGGCGGCACUGGCGCUCUCAAAGCUGCCGAGAUGAGCGGCGUGAGUGCCGUCGGCAGUACCUGGUGGGAUGUUCACAGUGGAUGGCUGGAUGUAGGAGGCCAGAUGGCUAAUUAUGCCGGCCAGGACUACUCACAACUGACACAUUCACUAUCGGGAGGUGCGCAUUUAUUACCACCCGCGCCUCACCUGCUGCAAGAUGCAUACAAGUCCGUACUCCCCACACAAGGCUCAUUCGGCCUGCAUGCACCCGGGUCCCCUGCACCGCCAGCACAAGCACCAUCUCCGAGGUCACAACGUCGAUAUGCUGGCCGCGCCACCUGUGACUGUCCCAACUGUCAAGAAGCGGAGAGGCUCGGCCCUGCCGGAGCGCAUCUGCGAAAGAAAAAUAUUCACAGCUGUCAUAUACCCGGUUGUGGAAAAGUAUACGGCAAGACAUCCCACCUGAAAGCUCAUCUUCGCUGGCACACUGGCGAGAGACCGUUCGUUUGCAACUGGUUGUUCUGUGGUAAACGAUUCACACGCUCGGAUGAGCUGCAAAGACACCUACGAACACAUACGGGGGAAAAAAGGUUCGCGUGUCCGGUGUGCAAUAAGAGAUUCAUGAGGUCGGACCACCUCGCGAAGCAUGUGAAGACUCAUAACGGUGGCAAGAAGGGCAGCUCGGACUCGUGCUCGGACUCGGAGGAAAACAGCCAGGGCGAGGGCGGCGCGGGGGGGCGCUCGCCCGAGCACCCGCUGGACGUGAAGCCGAGCGCGCUGGUGUGACGGGGGCACGCGGCGCCCGCGCACCACGCGCCGCCGCUGCUGUGAUCCCCGCGCUCGCUGUACAUACCACAUAUCACUACACUGUAACAUAGGAGCCACACGUGUAAUAGAGACAAUGUGCCGCCGAGGCCCGACGUGUAUGUAUUUGUUGUGAGACUUAAAGUGUUGUACAGUAUAGAUACUAUUAAAAAAAUAAUUAUCUCAUAUUAUAGCUAGAUAUUAUAUGUUAAAUUAGUGUAAGUAGAAUCACUCUUUAGUCCAAAAUUGCAGAUUAAUUUAUUGAAACAAUACCUCAACAUGUUUCAAAAGGAAUCUUUUAUUUAUUGUACAGAACUAAGCAAACAUUCUUGAUGAACUUGGCUCAUAAACAACUCUCCUUUUGUAACAGACGUGUGUUUCAUUAGAAAUAAUGUGAUCUUAAUGUUAUCGUGUUUUAUUUUUGAAGAAACUGUGUUAAGUACUUAAUAAUCAAAAUGUUAUUUACAAUAAUAAAAGAACUGAGUUAUAAGAGUACUUUCACACUACUAAGUGGGUUUUGCCCAAUUUUGUCCAUAUAAAUGCUUACUCUGAUUCCACAUUUUUAAUAUAUAAAUACAUAAAUCUAAUUAAAAUGUCACUUGUAUUUUCUCAAUGCUAUCUGAUUGUUGUUUAUGAGAAAGCUCAAUUACACAUCAGUAACCUUUAAAUAACUAUAACAAUGUUGUAUAAUACAAUAUUAGUAAAAGAUUAACUAAAAUUCCACAGUUGAUUUCAACAAUAAGAUCUUAUUUUUGUUCAAUAAAAUCGAUUUUUACGUCCUCGUCGAAUCGAUAAACUAUUCGGUGAUAUUUGUUAGCUUGAAAACUGUAAUUGUAAUAAAAUGUAUAUUGUACAAAAUUGUGCGAAUUAAAAAAAUGCCUGAUAUUGAUUUUAUAAAAAUUGAAUAUAUUUUUCCGAGUGGA